AUGUCCUGGACCCACGUCCUGCUGGCACUCCUGGCCCACUGCACAGCUUGUGGCCCUCAGCCGGUGCUGAAUCAGCCACCAUCCGUGUCCUCGUUCCUUGGAACCACGAUCCGCCUGGCCUGCACGCUGAGCAGCGACCAUGAUGUCGGUGUUCACAGCAUCUACUGGUACCAGCAGAGGUCCGGCCACCCCCCAAGGUUCCUGCUGAGAUAUUUCUCCCACUCGGACAAGAACCAGGGCCCCAAGGUCCCCCUUCGCUUCUCUGGCUCCAAAGACCUGGCUAAGAACACGGGGUAUUUGAGCAUCUCUGAUCUUCAGCCGGAGGAUGAGGCUGUGUAUUUCUGCGCUGUGGGGGUCCAGGGCAUGGAGCAGGAGCCGGAGACGGAGAGAGAGAGGAGGGAAGAAAGGAAGCCUGCUGCUCCAGUCUCCCAGGCACCCUAG